CAACUUGCGCGCUACUGAUCAAGGAUUCGUAGACUCGUGCCCGAGGAGUGUUCCAUCAUGUCUCCAACGGCCAACGGGAUGCUUCGUGCUUGCCCUCUCAUCGAUCUCUAUGACUAAAUAAUGCUUACUGUUUGUGAACACUCGAUCAAUCGUGAACGUUUGAACCUCGAAGUCUCCGCCUCAUUCUGCCACCAGCGCUCUCAGCUUGAAGGAACCUGCUCGAAUAUUGUUAGCUUAACUGCGUCCUUAUUCUCCUCUGUGUCCGACAAGAACCUUGUCAUGUUCGAUUCUCGCGUACUGCUGCCGACCACUGCAAGCACAAAGACGACGCAGGCCGUCAAUGCGUUCGCCACUAUCCUCUCCGCGGAGCAGUACUGGACCGCUCCCCUGCUAGCCGCACAAACGCACCUGUCUGCACUCGUAAUGCACGAGACCGGGAUCGCUGAGCUGUCGCAAAUGGAGGAGGAGAGGUGAGCUUCAAUUUGGGGUAUCUGCAUACCCCGCCGAAGGGCGUUCGUGUGGUAUUCGGCCGUCGCAGUAUGGAAGGGCAGCAGGCGAGCGUUUUCGUGAGAAGGGUUAAGUCAGGAUAAUGCAUUCUCCCUCGCGAUUCUAUACCCGAUCCCAUCUUGCCGUGCUCCUCCUUCGCUUAAUGACGCUGCACUUCACGAUCCCCCAUUCUACUCCGUUCACGUUCAU